GCGUUAUUUAAUGAUUGAUGUGUUCACUAUUCGGCCAUGCAAUUAACAUUUCCACAUUUUAAUUUGAACUUUUCCCCACUGUUUCCUCGCUGUUUGGUUGUAAUAAGACAUGGAUAGUAAGCUGUUGUGGGGUUUAUUUUUUGUGAUUCAGUGUGUGUCCGUUCUGGGAGGAAUUCAGAAGGAGGUCCUGACUCCCGGCGAUGGAAAAACGUACCCAGAAGACAGAUGGACAGUGAUGGUGCAUGCAACAGAAAUGUUUGAGAAUGGCACCGUUAUUGAAAGCUCUAAGGGGAGGAAACCUCUGUUCUUUGUUGUGGGCGAAGCUAUUCCAGCUUUAAACGAAGGUGUAAAGAGUGUAA